GAAACAGGGAAAAGGAGGGGAGGGCGUUUAUCGCUUUCGUGUUCCUUGCACCACUUGACUUCACAGCCUCACUUUUACCCUGUGACUGCCUGCCCCUCGCUUCUGCACUAUCGAUUCCUCGUCCUGUGUGGCGCUCCCCAGUUCCCCCAACUCUUCAUCCCGACAUCUAUUUAUAAGUGUUGACUCCCCACUAACCUCUGCUUUCCUGUCUAGAUAAUCAUUCACAAUGGGUCACGAAGAUGCUGUCUACCUCGCCAAGCUCGCCGAGCAGGCUGAGCGCUACGAAGAGAUGGUUGAGAACAUGAAGGUCGUCGCCUCCGCCAAUGUCGAGCUCACCGUCGAGGAGCGGAAUCUCCUGUCUGUUGCCUACAAGAACGUCAUCGGUGCCCGUCGUGCGUCCUGGAGAAUCGUCACCUCCAUCGAGCAAAAAGAAGAGUCCAAGGGCAACGAGUCCCAGGUCACCCUCAUUAAGGAGUACCGUCAGAAGAUCGAGGCCGAGCUUGCCAAGAUCUGCGAUGACAUCCUCGAGGUUCUCGACCAGCACCUGAUCCCCUCUGCCCAGAGCGGCGAGUCCAAGGUCUUCUACCACAAGAUGAAGGGUGACUACCACCGUUAUCUCGCCGAGUUCGCCGUUGGCGACCGCCGCAAGGGUGCCGCCGACGCCUCCCUCGAGGCCUACAAGAGCGCGACCGAAGUCGCCCAAACCGACCUUGCCCCCACCCACCCCAUCCGUCUCGGCCUGGCCCUGAACUUCUCCGUUUUCUACUAUGAGAUCCUCAACUCCCCCGACCAGGCCUGCCACCUGGCCAAGCUCGCUUUCGACGAUGCUAUUGCCGAGCUUGACACCCUGAGCGAGGAGAGCUACAAGGACUCCACCCUGAUUAUGCAGCUCCUCAGAGAUAACCUGACGCUCUGGACCUCAUCCGAGGCUGACCCGCUGAGUAAAUUUAGUAAAGAUGAAGGACUCGCGUCCGGGCCCGGAUAGAGUCGGCGGGCCGACAGCUGGAUCUUAGACUAAGGGCCCGGGGAGGAUAAGAGUGGGAUCUCGUGCGCACGUCUGGUUCGCAUCGUCUUGACGCGUUGGCUUCUGCCGACACCAGGCGUGACGCUACGAGUCACAUUCCUUUCGCCCUCGACAAGUCCUUCGGGUGUUCCUGACACCGCCAGUGGUCCGGCCCGGUCUCU